AUUGUAUAGUUUUUCUAUGCCCACAAUACUUAAUUUAAAUUCUCUGAAAAAAAUUCGAAGUAUGAUCUUUUUUAAAGCCGUCUAGAGUCAUCUACUUUAGAAUGUAUGAUCUACACCAAAGACAAUCAUAACGAUGAAAAAAAUUCAAGCAAGUUUCAAUAUCGAAUUAAAGAUGAACCGAUGGAGACUGAUUUGCCCGAUGAAGAUGAAGAGCCUCCUGCGUUUGGACCAGCUGCUCUGGGACUUCACAGAGUAGGUACUAAAUUACCGCCAAAACCAGCGCCAAGUGAACCAGUUCAGAAAUUAAAUGCCAGAGGAAUGCCUGCUCGUAUUCGAAAAAAAAAUAGAUUUAUAUUCGUUGAUGACUUCGUUAACACUUCGCCACCCAGACAAUCUCCAAAAAGAACUCCUAAGAUAUUGGCAAAAACUCCCAACAAACAAUCUAGUGUUAAAAAACAAAAAUCUCCAACAAAAACACCAAAGAAUGUUGAAAGAAAUGAAGAUAAAGUGAGUAAUCAAUCACCAGAUCGCAAGAGUGGUCAGCGGAUAGGUAUGAGGCUGAGAAAUCUGUUGAAAUUGCCAAAAGCUCAUAAGUGGGUUUGUUUUGAAUACUUCUACAGUAACAUUGAUAAGGCUCUCUUUGAUGGUGAAAAUGACUUUAUGAUAUGUCUUAAAGAAUCAUUUCCCCAGUUAACCAACAAAAAAUUAACUCAAGUUCAAUGGGCAAAAAUACGAAGAAUGAUGGGUAAACCUAGGAGAUGUUCUCAAGCAUUUUUUGCUGAAGAACGUAAAGAACUUGAAAGAAAAAGAAAAUUGAUUAGAUAUAUACAACAGCGAAAAACUGCUGAUAUAUGUGUUAAAGAUUUGCCUAAUGAAAUACCUAUGCAGUUAGUUGUAGGAACUAAAGUCACAGCAAGGUUACGCAAGCCUCAAGAUGGUUUGUUCACAGGUUGUAUAGAUGCAGUUGAUACAUCUAAUAAUACAUAUAGAAUCACAUUUGAGAGGCCGAAACUGGGAACGCAUUCUGUCCCAGAUUAUGAAGUUUUGUCUAAUGAACCACCUGACACUAUAUGUUUAUCUAGCAUAACUCAAAAAUUUAGACCGCGAUAUGUAAUGCAAGAAAUAUUUAAUCUCUACCAACCCUCUGCACCAAACAAGAAUAAUAGCCAAAGUGAUCCCAUGAUUGGAUGUAAUGACUUGUCAAAACAUUUUGAUUCCAAAAUAGGUAGUUAUCCAUUUCCACUAUUGGAAUUAAUUGUUAAAUUAAAUAAGAUAUUACAAGCUAAAAAAGGUAAAAUUAAUAGAUUAAAAGAAUAUAAUUGUGAGGCAGAGAAGAGAAAAUCCUUUGGUCAAAGAAUGCCAGAAGAUUUUGAAAGAAAAUAUGCAGCAACUGUUAUUGAUCUUGAAAGAAUGAAUAUGGAUUUGCAAGAAUAUAUAAAUGAAAUUCAAAUGUACUGUCAGCAAAUUGCACCUGGGCCAAGCUUAGCUGCAAUGUUGGCCCCUUCACAUCUAAGGGAAAAAUGUAGAGAAGAAGCGGCAGUUCUUGUAGAAAAAAAUAACAAUGGGUCUAUUAAAGAAUCAAAUGUUAUAGAUCUUGUAACAGACCUUACUGCUUUAAUGUUACAGGUUAAAAGUCUCUCAGAUUCCGAUCAAAAUGCUUAUGAAUUAAGUGUCUUGCAAGGAACUAUGGACCAAAUAAAAAUGAAACUAGAGCCUCAAUAUCAAAGACUGUUUCAAAAUAAUGUAGAACUUCACAUGCAAAGAAUUCAGAUGGGCCUAGGUCAAAUGAUAUCAAGUAGUUAUAUGGCAGGCACAUAAAAGUACUAAUAUAGCUGAGAUUAAAAAUAUCAAUUAUAACUUGUUAUUGCUUUAUGAAUUUAUAGACAUGUGC